UAAUAAUAAUCUCGGACAGCCGUGUAGAGCCCGGUGCAAACACUCCCUAUUUGCAUCAGCGCCAAGUGUGAUAUUUAUUUUUGCAAAUAUGAAUGACAUUUCUCUUAGUUUAAGAUACAUGUAACCCGGGGAGUCGUAUAUCUGGGCUGAACAUGCAGACGCGGACAGAAAGCAGACUACAAGUUCAGUGUAUAUCGCAUUGUGUUUCCCCUCCACUAUUGACCUUCUAUAGCUAUUUAAUGAUUUUGGGAUUCGUUUAAUGUUGAAUUUACGACAGGGCGAAGCAAUUGUCUAUGGAUAUUCCCACCGAUUCUAUAUUGUAUUGUUCAUUCUCUUCUGACAGACAACGUGAGGUGGUCCUUCUGGAAUAAACAACUCCCUCUAGUGGUGGAGCUUGUACUAAGACUGGUACCGGGUUUACAUACAACCUUUGAUACGUUCAAAGUCAGCUUGACAAUACAAGAAAAAGGCAAUUAUUUUCUCCAUUAUGUUUGUAAAAGUUUAACGCGAAGAGACACAACACAGAUUCAGAUACGAUAAUACUGACAAUAAUCAAUGUCGAAUAUACAUGAACUGUAAGUACAUAGUGGUGUCGAUCUGGUGCUGCUUGGCAUAGAUCUACCACAGCAAUGGAAGAUGUCUACAACGGCUAGGUGCGUAAGUCUGUUGGCUGUUUUUGGCAGCGGUACAGCAGUGACACUGGACGAUAUCUCCACUCAGGUGUGGUGAUGGGUUUGACCAGGUGAGACGAUGUAACAGGACACAACUGCGGACUAUGGACAGAUGGAUACAUGCAGAUAUCCUUGCUGUCUUUCGGAAAUGUCUCUGCUGUCGACGCAAGGAAAGACAAUGGAACCCAAUAAACCAUAGGAAAAACUCUAAGAGGAUCCGAAGGGAAGACACACACGUUCACUUUGCCAAGAAAGUGAAUAAGGUGAUGCCCCUGCAAUAUGAACACACAUUUACAAGCUCUGACACAAGCCUGAGGAAUUCACUUCCGAAAUCGCCGUCAGAAGAAAGUUUUUAUUUAGAAGACUUUGAUGAGUUCGUAGAGACCUUCGUCGACCAGACACUACAGCGGGCAACAGCUACUCUCAUCAUAGAACUCAAGCCACGGACCAUCACAACUAUCACAGAUUUGAAAGACCCAGAAGACUGAACGAUUAACUAAUUGACUGCGCACGGACAAUUUAGGACACAUAAGUCAAUGAUAGUGAUGGAAAUGAACAUCAUGUGGUAUCUGUUGUAGCAGCUGAACGGCUACAAUUAACAUUCCAUGCUAGAGAGGUCGCGUCUCAGCGGUGUGUGUCUGGUCCGUGUUAGGCAGAGGGGUGCCGACAUCCACAGCUACCAUUAAGAUAGGCACAUAAAAAUUAUGAUGAACAAUUGCUGGCCCAGAUAAUAUAUGUAUAGUAUAUUGGGAUUCGUUUAGAACCAUUAUGUUAACGUACAACCUCAUUAGCCACGUGGUCGAUGUUUAUUACCCUAGAUAACGCCACAGUUCGUUAGGUGUGAGAAACGAACCAUGUUUAUUUAUUGUAGACCCAACACGUGGAGGACGUCGGACAAUGUCGUACGAUUUAUCUCCCUUACUUAAUGUGUGUAUCACACAAAGGGAGGUAGCAAUGAUUGAUUCGGGUUUUAAAAAGAAAUGUCGUUUUAGCCAUUUGUUAAUUUGUAAGUUUUGUAAUGUAUAUACAAAAUAAUAGCUUGUUAUUGUUUCAUGUUGUAAUUGUAUUUAAAUGUUUAUACACAAAAAAAACUAUUUAUAUAACGUGUCCAUGGUCUAUAACUACUACACUCUGGUGAUUAAAUAUUUGAUUUGA